AUGGAGACCUGCGAUGAGACGGAGACGGAGGAGAGCAGUCAUCUGACGACGCCCGCUACGGAUGGUCCUGCUGUGAGUGUGACGGAGCAAGCUGGCACGGUGCCAGGCGAGUCGGUGAAGACGGAGGUGUUCCGCUCGGAGAGACCGGACGGCAGCAUCGUGACCAAGACGGUCCGCACCACGACUUGGACCAAGAAGUGUACGAAUGGCGAUCUCGUGACGACGACUGAGGUGGAAACGACGACUGAAACGGAAUCCCCGGACGGCACGACAAGCACUACGGUGGCGAUGGAGACCUGCGAUGAGACGGAGACGGAGGAGAGCAGUCUCCCGACGACGCCCGCUACGGAUGGUCCUGCUGUGAGUGUGACGGAGCAAGCUGGCACGGUGCCAGGCGAGUCGGUGAAGACGGAGGUGUUCCGCUCGGAGAGACCGGACGGCAGCAUCGUGACCAAGACGGUCCGCACCACGACUUGGACCAAGAAGUGUACGAAUGGCGAUCUCGUGACGACGACUGAGGUGGAAACGACGACUGAAACGGAAUCCCCGGACGGCACGACAAGCACUACGGUGGCGAUGGAGACCUGCGAUGAGACGGAGACGGAGGAGAGCAGUCUUCCGACGACGCCCGCUACGGAUGGUCCUGCUGUGAGUGUGACGGAGCAAGCUGGCACGGUGCCAGGCGAGUCGGUGAAGACGGAGGUGUUCCGCUCGGAGAGACCGGACGGCAGCAUCGUGACCAAGACGGUCCGCACCACGACUUGGACCAAGAAGUGUACGAAUGGCGAUCUCGUGACGACGACUGAGGUGGAAACGACGACUGAAACGGAAUCCCCGGACGGCACGACAAGCACUACGGUGGCGAUGGAGACCUGCGAAGAGACGGAGACGGAGGAGAGCAGUCUUCCGACGACGCCCGCUACGGAUGGUCCUGCUGUGAGUGUGACGGAGCAAGCUGGCACGGUGCCAGGCGAGUCGGUGAAGACGGAGGUGUUCCGCUCGGAGAGACCGGACGGCAGCAUCGUGACCAAGACGGUCCGCACCACGACUUGGACCAAGAAGUGUACGAAUGGCGAUCUCGUGACGACGACUGAGGUGGAAACGACGACUGAAACGGAAUCCCCGGACGGCACGACAAGCACUACGGUGGCGAUGGAGACCUGCGAUGAGACGGAGACGGAGGAGAGCAGUCUCCCGACGACGCCCGCUACGGAUGGUCCUGCUGUGAGUGUGACGGAGCAAGCUGGCACGGUGCCAGGCGAGUCGGUGAAGACGGAGGUGUUCCGCUCGGAGAGACCGGACGGCAGCAUCGUGACCAAGACGGUCCGCACCACGACUUGGACCAAGAAGUGUACGAAUGGCGAUCUCGUGACGACGACUGAGGUGGAAACGACGACUGAAACGGAAUCCCCGGACGGCACGACAAGCACUACGGUGGCGAUGGAGACCUGCGAAGAGACGGAGACGGAGGAGAGCAGUCUCCCGACGACGCCCGCUACGGAUGGUCCUGCUGUGAGUGUGACGGAGCAAGCUGGCACGGUGCCAGGCGAGUCGGUGAAGACGGAGGUGUUCCGCUCGGAGAGACCGGACGGCAGCAUCGUGACCAAGACGGUCCGCACCACGACUUGGACCAAGAAGUGUACGAAUGGCGAUCUCGUGACGACGACUGAGGUGGAAACGACGACUGAAACGGAAUCCCCGGACGGCACGACAAGCACUACGGUGGCGAUGGAGACCUGCGAUGAGACGGAGACGGAGGAGAGCAGUCUUCCGACGACGCCCGCCACGGAUGGUCCUGCUGUGAGUGUGACGGAGCAAGCUGGCACGGUGCCAGGCGAGUCGGUGAAGACGGAGGUGUUCCGCUCGGAGAGACCGGACGGCAGCAUCGUGACCAAGACGGUCCGCACCACGACUUGGACCAAGAAGUGUACGAAUGGCGAUCUCGUGACGACGACUGAGGUGGAAACGACGACUGAAACGGAAUCCCCGGACGGCACGACAAGCACUACGGUGGCGAUGGAGACCUGCGAAGAGACGGAGACGGAGGAGAGCAGUCAUCCCGACGACGCCCGCUACGGAUGGUCCUGCUGUGAGUGUGACGGAGCAAGCUGGCACGGUGCCAGGCGAGUCGGUGAAGACGGAGGUGUUCCGCUCGGAGAGACCGGACGGCAGCAUCGUGACCAAGACGGUCCGCACCACGACUUGGACCAAGAAGUGUACGAAUGGCGAUCUCGUGACGACGACUGA